UUUUAAGGACAGCGGUUUUGUCAAACUGAGGAACAUGAUAAGGGUGCCAAAAUAUGGAAGAUUGACGGAGAGAUGCAGUAUUGCAGUUGAGUGAUUGACCUUUCUCCGAGGAGCAGUGAGGACUGGUUCGUUCUACUUGGCAACUUGCGUCUUGGAUCAUCUGCCCAGUUGUGUACAGCCUUUGCUUUAAACUCUACUCUCAGCGAAGAUCAGUUUGCGCGUCUGCAUGGCGCGAAUGGCGGUCUCCGUGCUCUUCCUCAUCGCCGGCGUCGUGCUCAUGCUCGCGCUGCACGUCCUCGUCAUCGUCUGGGCGGUCCGGCGGGGCGCCGUGCUGCGGCUGCGGGGUGCGGCGCGGGAGCGGGACCAGGAGCAGGGGGAAGCGACGGGUCUGACGGCCGACGAGCUGGGCGAGCUGCCGUGCCAGGACUUCAAGGCCGCCGCCGCGGUCGGGACGGGUGCCGCCGAGUGCGCGGUGUGCCUGGAGGCGUUCCAGGGGGGCGACCGGUGCCGCGUGCUGCCGGGGUGCCACCAUGGGUUCCACGCGCAGUGCGUGGACUCGUGGCUGCGCCAGAGCCGCCGGUGCCCGGUGUGCCGCGCCGAGGUGGCCUGCCGCGGCAAGGCGGCCGGCGCGGCGGUUGUCGAUGAGGCCGCCACAUCGGAGAUCGUCGCUGAAAGACUGGGAGGUGCAGAUCGCUAGCGGAUUUUGUUUGACCGAGACUCGUGUGCCGUCGUUGAUUAGCUUGUGAUUUUUUUUAGUACGAUUAGCUUGUGAUUGUACAUAAAGUAAUCCAUCUAGCAUUUGGAGUCCUCCUUUGUAAUUUUUCUGAUUU